GGCGCUCCGCAUCCUGGUCGCGGCCCUCGCCGCGGGCGCACGCGCGUUCGUCUCGCCGCGCCGACGCUGUCGACGCCGCGACGCCCGCCGCCGCGACCAAUGACCACGACGAUGGCCGCGCGCAUCCCGUGGCGCACGGUCUUCGUCUGCGAGUACACGGCGCCUCUCAUAGUAUUUCCCGUCGUGGCACGAAGCGGGCCCUUCUCGACAUUAGCGUCGACGCUCUGGACCGUGCACUUCGCGAAGCGGCUCCUGGAAACGUUAUUCGUGCACAAAUUCAGCAAGGGCACGAUGCCUCUCACGAAUUUAUUUAAAAAUUGCGGGUACUAUGGAGGCGCGGCGGCGUUGGUCGGAUGGGACGUGAGCCGGCGCGGCCCCUACAGCGCGCAGCUCGCGAAACUCUUCGCGCAGCUUUCAACAGAGACGAAAAUAUUUGUCGGCGCGUGGGCCCUCUGCGAGGUGCUGAACCUAUAUACGCACCUCCACCUGGCUUCUCUCAGAAGCGAUGGGUCAAGAGAAGCAAAAAUCCCUACCGCGUGGCCCUUCCGGCGCCUCUGCUCGCCGAACUACUCGUUCGAGAUCGGGUCGUGGAUUUGUUAUUCCCUGGCGACACAGUCUCUGGGAGCUUGGGCGUUCACGGCUCUGGGCGCGUUGCAGAUGGGGAUCUGGUCAAAACAAAAACUGAAGCGGUACAAGCGCAAGUUCAAGGACGAGGAGGCGUUCACGGCGACGCACGCGCUCGUGCCGGGGGUGUUUUGA